GGAGCUUUUGACGUCACAUCUGUGCUCCUGCACAGCUGAUCUUUGAUAUAUAUAAGAUGUCUUCCAGUUAGAAAGAACAUGCCGAAACUAAGGACAACACAAUCAACAAAAUCUUUGAAAUUAUCUACAUCAAGUUUUCAAUUGGCCUUUAAUCCUUUCCAAUCUCUUUGACUAUUUUGAGCUACUCGGUGUCAUUUUCCAAGAUGGUGAACUUCUCUUUAUCGUCCAAAGUCAACUUAUCAGUAGUCUUGAUAAUAUACAGCACUUCAUUCGUAUCAAGUCUGGCAACUCCACAAAGACCCGAACAAGUGAUUGAACCACGUGCUGUGAUCGAAGGACAACCUCCUCCACCAUGCGUAAGGAAUAUAUGUCCAUUAGGUGCAACACAAACAUCUCCUGGAUUGAAAGAUGUAGUUGCAGCCAAUCAAUCAGAAACCACAACUAAACCGACUCAUCCAAAGACUCAUCAAACUGAUCCGGUAAAGAAUAUCGAACCACGUGCUGUUAUCGAAGGACAACCUCCACCACCUUGUGUAGGGAAAAUAUGUCCAUUAGGUGCAGCAGAAAACUCUUCUGGAUCAAAAAAUGUCACUUCAGCCAAUACAUCAGACACUACUACUAAACCGACUAUCCCUAAGACUCAUCAAACUGCUCCAGUGAAAUGUGGUGAUACUGGUUUACCUCCUCCAUGUGGUAAUACAAAUUCCACAAACAAGACUCAAUCAACUCCUCCAAAGACUCAUCAAACUGCUCCAGUGAAAUGUGGCGAUACUGGGUUACCUCCUCCAUGUGGUAAUACAAAUUCCACAAAUAAGACUCAAUCAACUCCUCCAAAGACUCAUCAAACUGCUCCGGUGAAAUGCGGCGAUACUGGUUUACCUCCUCCGUGUGGUGAUGCAAAAUCCACAAAUAAGACUCAAUCAACUCCUCCAAAGACUCACCAAACUGCACCAGUGAAAUGUGGUGAUACUGGUUUACCUCCUCCAUGUGGUGAUGCAAAAUCCACAAAUAAGACUCAAUCAACUCCUCCAAAGACUCAUCAAACUGCACCAGUGAAGUGUGGCGAUACUGGGCUACCUCCUCCAUGUGGUAAUACAACCACCACAAACAAGACUCAAUCAACUAUUCCAAAGACUCAUCAAACGGCUCCAGUAAAAUGUGGUGAUACGGGUUUACCACCUCCAUGCGGUGAUACGCAAUCCACCAACAAGAACUGAUUGGUUUUCAAAUGAUUAUUUUUGCUCUCAUUGGUUUCCAGAAAUGUGUUAUGCUGUCUUAUUACCAUUCAUGUAUGGAGAGAACCUGUUUAAGCAGAAUUAAUUUCACUUUUGUUCAUUUUUAUUCGUUGAAGAUUCACUUUUCUCAAUUGUAUCUAAUUAUAUUAUUACACUGAAGAAACACGAGUUGGAUUUUAACUACCAUGGAUAGAAAUCAUAAUUCUAAACUUCUGAGUGGAUAGCGAUGACCUUC